AUGGCUGACACUAUACUUCGCUCACACCGUGACGCGGGACGACCUCAACAUCCGCAUUACUGGAAUGCGCAGAAACUACCUUUGCGUGUCAUCUCCUGGGAUAAUGAAGACGCUCUCGCCGCCACGGACUUCAACGAGAGUACUUCAUUUCACAUGCCGGACACCGAGAUAUCAAAGACCAUACACGAGAGCGAGAUACUCAACAUGCUCUUGGCCAAGGCGUUUGAGGAUCACUAUGGCAAGAGUAGGGAUGAGGAGAAAAAUGCUGUUGCCAAAUUCCUUAUGGGCAUGUACGUAUUCGACGCCACUUGCAAAGGAGCACAGAUCUCGCCUGAAGAAACUUCGAAGCGCCUAUCGACUGACGAUUCGGAGGUCACGAUGAAGCAAGAAGAAGUCCACACUGUUCUCAUACGCCGGCCGCGUCACUAA